GGGCUCCUCCUCUACCAAGCACCUGGGGUCAGUGAAGUCAAUACUUUUCCAAGGAUUGACUCAGGCGCCACAAUGGAAAAAGCUCCCAUGGAGAUCUGGGGGCGGAUAUUCUCCUUUGCAUGCAUUGACGACGGAUACACCGGUCACUCGCUUUCCCAGGUCUCCCGGUACUUCCGCGUGGCGUCAAAUCAUUAUCAACUGCAAAGCGUAGCUUUGUCAGGGCGCGACCAGAUACAACGCUUCGCCGACCUGCUGGAGAAUACACAUCCCAGAUGCCGCUCGGUUCGCUAUCUGUACGUCUCCGAGUCACUUGCACGUGAUGACAUAGCUCGAGGACAAGACCUGGCUCAACGUUACCCGCAUCGACUAUCCCCCGCAGAGAUGGAGUCAUUGUCACCCGAGGAUCUCGUCAGAAAGUACAUGCUCCAUGAAUGCCAUUCUGAUGAUUGGAUCUGCAUCAUGAGAAAAGUUAUAUCGAUGCGAGGUCUCCCUCAGAUGAAGCAGCAACUUGCAGCGGAGCGCCAGCAGUCCCUUUCUGCAACGCUGUUGCGCAUCCUGCAGCUCGUUAGCUCAAACCUUCAGACUCUGACAAUGUGUAUGGACAAGGAAUGUCCGGAUGCAUUCUUUGCGGUGUCCUUUCCUCGUCUCACGGAGCUCCACCUGGUGACCACUUCGGAUCCGACCUAUUCGCACAUCAAUGCUGAAUUGCGAAAAGUGCACAUCUUACCAUCCUUGACUCAUCUACACCUUACCAACUGUGCCGAACUGCUUGAAGCAUUCGGCAACCGAGUCCCGUGUUUGGCCCACUUGCGACUCACGGAUAUGGGGCUACUCUCUUCUGCCAUCCUGUCCACGGCAUUGUCUGCAUCAUCUGUUACCGAGGGGUCGAUGUUCCCGGGACUCGUCCAGGUCAUCGUUCAGCCUGAAAUAAGCUUCAAGAAAAGCCGCGCAUGCUGCCUAGCGGGGAUGAAAGGCGCUGUGAAGAGCGGAAGGAUCGACUUGCUGAAGGUGAACCCGUCACGCUCGAAGGCGUACGGACAUCGCAGUGGCAUAAUCGUUUUGAUGUCGAAAAAAGGUUGGCUGAAGGAAACUGCAGGUGGCGAGGGCUACUGGGAGGUGAAGGCCAGUGAAAUUGACACACUUACCUUUCAGCAGCUCGGUAGGAUAGAUAUGCCAUACGAGAGGCACACGCACAAUGAUCUUUCUUAUCGUUACUGUAUAACACGGUACGUAUUUGGUAUUCGACAAAUUAGAAGCCUCAAGCCGUCAGACAUCGCAAAAAUACACCUAAGUUCCCCUCCUUACUUAAUGGAGAAUGCGCCGAUUUGCGAGCAAGGGUGCCUCUGCCAGCCUGGCGGCGUCCCGAGUACAAAACUGACUCUCAUCAUUUUCACUGGCCGUCACGGUGACAACGAACUCAACAUGGUUUCGAUCUGCCGAGGUCCCUCGAAUGCACAGCUUGUACUUGAUGACACGUCCUGGACAUGUGAUUCUCACAGCCCCUACACUUUCCACAAAUACAUAUUGAGACACCUCUGCAUGAAAACGCGUAUCGCAGUGGAGGAAGUUCCUCUAGAAAUCUGGGCACGCAUAUUCUGCCUGGCCUGUACCGACGAUGGAUCGACCGGUUGCUCCCUUUCUCAGGUUUCCCGAUACAUCCGCGCUGCGUCGAGUGAAUAUCGACUACAAAGUAUCGCCUUGGCAGGAAUCCAGCAGAUGAGAAGCUUCGGAGACCUGCUGGUGAAUACGCGGUCCGAUUACCAUCGGGUUCGCUACCUGUACGUAUCCGAAUUCCUCGUGCGGCAACGGUCCACGGUCCCAUUUGACUCCGAGGAUAUGGAGCCCACGGGAACGCACCGCCCCCACGAUCAUUCGACAGACGAGGAUCGCACUCGAGAAGAACAUUCAAUCUUUGUGGCAACACUAUCACGCAUCCUAUGGCUCAUUCACCCCCACAUUCAGACACUGACAGUGUGUCUGGAUAGGGAAGGCCCUGACACCCUCUUCGAGACUCCCUUCCCUCGUCUAACGGAGCUCGACAUCGUGUUCGAGGUUUCGCGCUCGUUUCGAUCGCGCGAUGAUGUCCGCGAACCGCCAAGGAUUCAGGACUUAUCGUCCUUAACUCACCUGCAUCUGGACAACUGCGCCCAUCUCCUUGCCGCGUUCAGAGGACGUGUUCCACGCUUGGCUCAUUUGCGGCUUACGGAGAUGAACCCGUUGUCAUCUGCACAGUACGUCAUCUCCAGAGCCUUGUCCACCCAGUCAGAGUCAUCGAUAACUGCGUCACGUCAUCCAAUCUCCGUCGAUCUAGACGCGUUCCCUACGCUCGGAAGAAUCAUUAUCCAACCUCCAGGAGACGUGCAUGAAGGGCGCGGAUGCUGCCUUGCAAAACUGCAGGAUGCUCUCAAAAGUACUAAGAUUGUUCUGCUGAAACCAGAGGACCCGUACAACAAGUUACUGCUGCAUCUCGACAGUGGUGGAAGAUCUGCAAGAUCGAAACAAGAGUGGUCGGAGAGAACUGCAGGAGGAGAGGGUGUCUGGAAGAUCAACACUGGUGAUGUUGACAUGCGUAUGUUCAUGGAAAUCCUGCAGCAACAGGAGCCAUACAGGAGACAUAUUCAUGCUGAGACUAUUCAGGUCUGUGGACUGGUACCCUCGGGCGCGGCCCGUUUGGCAGAUCAUGGCCUUCGUCGGACAUAUCAAGCCUCGCUCAAGUUUGAAACUGUCAAGACAUACGCGUACCAACAUGACACUGCAGUAGGACAGGUCAAAUUCAUUUUGUUAUUCAGCGUCUACUACGACAGACCCCAGCGCUCGGGCCCUUGGAGUAGAACAGUUGUCUUUCUUCUGAGCCGACAUUACCAGAUGUCCAGAGAUGAACGCUUGAAGGACACAGUAGCUGUUCUCCUCGAUUGGCGUCACAGUCGGCAACGAUCCUUCAGCAGGGAUAGCGGUCUUUUCAAACGAGGUUUUUGCAACGAACACAAUGCAACGUCUCCACUCCAAGAGCAGGUUGCCUUUGUUCCGUAUGGACAUGAAGGACACCUCGCACUCGCUCUAACGCUAUAUCACGAGCUCACGAUGGGAGAAGAAUCUGAAUGGUACGGCUACCUACAGUCGCUCCCGACCUCUGUGGUUCCAAAUGCUCUGUUCUGGGGACAUGAUGAUGCAGGAAUGGGAGAUCAUGAUGGACGCGAGGCCAGGGCCUGGUUGGAUGGCACAGAAGUUGAGAAGGAGUUCUGUGAUGAACAUGGUGUCGACACUGUGCCACUGUUCAACAGGCUAGACAAACCCUGCACACUCCAAGGCUUCAUUCUCGCCUAUUCCCUUUGCGACAUCGAUGUGUGCCCAACGUGCGGCUCUCUAGAUGAAUGUCCGCACGAUCGUGAAGAUCCAUCCCUUGCAACGUCACAGAUCGGGUCGUCUCUAAGUCGAAGCGAAGUUACCUGCGAUAUGGUCACCAACAGGCCCGUUCUGCCCAACAGCGAAAUAUUUAACACGUACGGCCACCGCCUCGGAAACGCGUCGCUCCUCGCGCGGUACGGCUUCGCGCUCGAGGGCAAUGAGCACGACAUCGUCUCAUGGGAACUCUCCAUUCAUGAUCUCCUCCGUACCGACGAGCCUCUUCCACUCUCCCCAGAUGAGUUCACUCUGCUCUUUCGCAAGCUCGCUAAGCUCUGGGCGCGCUCGUUAUCCUCUAUCGCGGGCGACAACAGCACCCUUGUCUACCGUCCUGUCGUGCCGGAUGGCGAGGAGCCAACGUACACCGGAUGGCAGUCGCAUUUGUGCAUCAACAGCGAAGCUCAGGUGAGCGUGCAUCUGUGGCUAUAUGCCGCGCUGCGCGCCGUGAUAGCGAUGAAGGAUGAGGGGCCCGUGCAAUCCGGUGACUCGGAGACAUGGAGUGUGGGCGAGGUGGUGCCGCUGCUCGGGAGGGCGAUGGACGCGCAGGUGGGGAUCGAGAAAUUCAUGAACGUGACAGACGAGACGAUAGACGGCGAAGAAAUGGUGGUCGACAUUGACGUCUUAGUGAGCCGUGGAUUGAUACUAGAGGCCUCGACAUGGACUGACAGCUCGACGCAGCCGAAGCGUAUCCUGGGCCAAAUAGCCGCGACGGUGUGCAUGCUCUGUACACAGCGGAUAUCACGGCUGGGCAAGCAACCUGCUCUGAGCACGGCGGACCUUGGUGACUAUUUUGACAGCCUACCAACUACGAGGGAAAAGACGCGCCUGGCUCUUGCUGAAGUCAUCACCGAGAGGACCAUUCUCGAGAGCUGUCACGCGGUAUGGCAGGACUUUCUCACUGUCCUUGUGGACGAUGCAGAAUAG